AUGGCUUCCACUAGCUCUGAAAGACCAUCUUCAUCAUAUUCAACACCUAGACAGCAAUACGAUGUUUUUAUCAGUUUUCAGGGUGAAGACACCCGCAAUACCUUUACAGACCAUUUAUAUGAGGCAUUGGAACGGGCGCACUUUGUUGUAUUUAGAGACGACAAAAGUAUCCAACCAGGAGAAUAUAUUUCUUCAGCGCUCAUUGAGGCAAUAGAAGGGUCCCAGUAUGCAAUCGUUGUUUUAUCAGAAAAUUAUGCUAGUUCCAAGUGGUGUUUGGAUGAAUUUGUCAAAAUUGUUGAAUGCAAAAAUAAGACGGGACAAACAGUGUUGCCGGUCUUUUACAAUGUAAAACCCUCUAAUGUACGCAAACAGACUGGGCCAUUUGCAAUUGAUAUUGCUCAUGGAACCAGCGUCAACGAUGAGAGGAUACAGAAGUGGAGGGAUGCAUUGAGACUAGUGGCCAAUAUAGCCGGAUGGGAUAUGGACCUAAGUUCUAAAUCAAGCGUCGCCGUCAUUCAGGCAAUUGUUAAACUUAUAAGAGAAUCUGUUGAUGGAAACAACUUCCUAAAUAUUUCCAAAGAUCUUGUUGGAAUGGAAUCCAGUGUGAAGGAAAUGAUGGAUUUAGUAAAUAAAAGGUUGAAAGAUGUUCUCUUUAUUGGGAUUUGGGGGGUUGGUGGGGUGGGAAAGACAACUUUGGCGGAAAUUAUUUAUUGCGAAAUUUCUCAAGAUUUUGAUGACAAAAGCUUUAUUUAUUUUAAACAUGAUACAGAAACUGGAAAUCUAGUUUCUUAUCAAAAGGAAGUUCUUAAGCACAUUUUCAAAAGAGAAUUUAAUAUAACAAGUAUUUAUAGUGGAAAGCAGAUUAUUAGGAAAAUGCUCUGUGGUAGAAAGGUUCUUAUUGCUCUUGAUAAUGUGUCUAAAAAAGGCCAACUAGAUGCAAUUGUGGGGAGCCAUGAUUGGUUUGCUCAAGGGAGUAGAAUCAAUAUAACAAGUGAAGACAAACAGUUGUUGGUAACACAUGAAGUGGAUGAUAUAUAUGAGGUAAAGCCACUAGAUAAUUAUAAAGCGUUGGAGCUCUUUAGUUGGAAAGCCUUUAAGCAAGCCCAACCUAAAAAUGAUUUUGUGGAUUUGUCAAAUGAUUUUGUGAAGUAUGCUCAAGGCCUUCCUUUAGCUCUUGAAUGUUUUGGUUCCUUCUUGCAUAACAAAGAAAUAGAUGUAUGGAAAAGUUACUUGGGUGAACUAGAGGAAAACUCUGAAGGGGAAAUUUUGACUAAACUUGAAAUUAUUUAUAAGAGAAUAUUGGACAAGAAUGUGAAUGAAUUAUUUUUGGACAUUGCAUUUUUCUUCAAGGGAAUGGAAAAAAAUCAAGUUGCAAAUAUUCUAAAUGAUCGUGGUUAUCUUGCAAACCUAGUAUUUCUACAGAACAAUUCUCUCAUUACUAUUUUUCAAGGAAAAUUAUGGAUGCAUGAUUUGCUACAAGCAAUGGGUAGGGCAAUGGUUCAUCAUGAAGCAAUACACGAGCCUGGAAGACGAAGUAGAUUGUGGAAGUAUGAGGAUAUCUUUUCUAUACUGAGGAAUAAUACUAUGGAAGGACUAGAGUUGAUUAAGAUCUGCAAUGCAGUCCGUUUUUGGGGCCUUAAUCAUCUUUCUAAUCAAUUACGAAUGAUGGAAUGGCAUGAUUAUCCAUUGAAAUCCAUGCCAAGGAGUUUUCAACCAUGCAAUCUUGUUGAACUUACUAUGCCUAAUAGCCAGCUUAAGCAACUACCAGAAGUAUUUAAUAAUUUGAACCUGCUAAGAGUUAUGGACCUUAGUUACUCUCAAAACUUAAUCAAGACUCUUGAUUUCAGUGGAUUUCAAAAUCUUAGGAGUUUAACUUUUCAAGGUUGUACAAGACUGUAUAAUGUUCAUCCAUCAGUUGGAGCUCUCAAAAAUCUUACUUUAUUAAAUCUAAAAGAUUGUGAAAGUCUUAAGAACCUUCCACAGGAGAUCAAAUUAGAAUCCCUUAAAGUUCUUAUUCUAUCAGGCUGUGCAAGACUCAAGACGCUUCCAGAGAUUGGGGAAAAUAUGACACGCUUGUCAAAGCUUUAUUUGGACAGGACUGCCAUAAAAGAACUACCAUCAUCAAUCAAACAUCUAGCUGGCCUGACCAUAUUGAAUCUUAAAUAUUGCAAGUACCUCUCGAGUUUUCCUAGUGCCAUUUGUGCUUUGACAUCUCUUGAAAUCCUUACUCUAUCUGGAUGUAAGGUUCAACUACCAAAAACAUGCCAUUUACCCGGGCUCUCCCUUGCUUUAUGGACAUAUAGAUUUUUCUAUGUUCAACGUCCUGAACCAGAGCCCGCCAACCUGCUGUUACCCGAGUCAUUCUCAGGAUUAAGCUCUUUAAAAUCUCUUGAUCUAAGUGAUUGCAAUUUGUCAGAUGGAGCACUCCCUGAUCUUAGUAGCUUAUCCUCACUGCGGUCUCUGAAUCUGAGCAAAAACAAUUUUACACGCUUGCCUGAUGCCAUUUCAAAACUUUCUAUGCUUAAACUUCUUUUCUUGGAUAAUUGUAGCAAGCUUCAAUCAUUGUCAUGUCUUUCAUUAAGUACGAAGUAUGUAAUGGCACGAGGAUGUACUUCAUUGGAAAAUUAUUCAAAUAACUCUGUUGUCUGGACUUCGGGUGAAGCAGGAUUGGCUUUUAUUCAUUGCCUUAGCUUUCUUGAGGAUGAAGAAGGAAAAAUCACCGAGGGUUUUUUGCUGGACAGCUUGCUCGAGAAUGGAGGCAAAAUAAUUGAGAAUUCUUUGCCAGAUAUACACUUCCAGCCAUUGUGA